AUGUUUGUCGAUAUCUCCAACGCUUAUCAUACCAGCCUUGACGACGUUGCAGAUUGUAUUCGAAUUGUCUGCUACGAGCCUUUAUUUUGUGUACUCGGCAGUUUGGAGAUUAAGAUGGAAUCCAAAGACCUUUACCCCGUUGUGUCUCAAGACUCUUGCUGGGGAUAUCUAACGAUGGCCUUUAUCGUUUGA